UUGCCGGUAUCUACCUAGGUCACGAAUUCAUCAAACUCGUGCCGUUGAGAAUAGUCUACUACUGUCGACUCGAUUUUAAGCUUCGCACAAAUCCACAUCAGCUCUCAGAAUGAGCAACCGAGCUGCAUUUUUGGAAACUGCAAAGGGUGAAUUUCGCGUCUGCGAUGCUGAUCUAGCAGAGCCAGGAGAGGGCGAGGUACUUGUCAAGGUUCACGCCUGCGCCAUACAACCAGCAGAUGCAAAAUGUGCGAAGUUCUCAAUGAUCCCUGUAGAAUAUCCUGCAGUCCUCGGUAGUCCUGUUGCAGGUGUUGUGGAGGGUAUCGGACCCGGCGUGAGCAAUGUCACCAUUGGCGAUCGGAUAGUGUGCGGCACAAAGAUCUUCUCGCACAAGAAGGCUAAGUACGGUGGCCUGCAGCGCUUCACCAUCGUUGAUGAGUCUGAAGUCGUUGAAAUUGGCGACACUGAGUUCACCCAAGCUGUAACUCUGGCUUCGUACACGCCUCCAGGAGCCUUGUUCGCCACAUCAACACUGAACAUGCAUCGCCCCACUAUACCAGCCUCUUCGCUGCCGGAAGGCGAACAGGAAAAGAAGAUUCUUAUCUGGGGAGGAUCUUCCGCUAUGGGAUCUCUAUCCAUCUCCUACGCGAAAACAGCCGGAUACACCGUCAUCAGUACAAGUUCACCACACAAUUUUGAUCUUCUCCACGACUGUGGUGCAGACUAUGUCUUCGACCACAGCGACCCAGCAACCGUUGGUGCAAUCCGCGAUCUCUUUCCUAUUCAUUACUGGUUUGAUACCAUCGCACUCAAGCCCUCACUAUCCACUCUUGUCAAGAUACUCGCCCCAGUAGACGAGCCAGUUACGAAGGCAAACAUCCUUACCUUACUGCCGCUGGUUAUGACGGGUAUGAAGGCAGAAGACUUCCCCGAAGGGAUUACGACGCAAUUUCAUCGUUUCUCUACGCAUGCACCGGAGAAUGUAGAGUGGCAUGAGUAUUUCCUCGCGCGUGGCGGGUUUCUGGAAAAAGCUAUCAAGAAUGGAGUACUAAAGGGUGUUCCAGCGGAAGUCAUCGGCGGCUUGGACAACGUCGCCGAGGGUAUCGAGAAAUUGCACAGCGGAGUCAGCGGCAAGAAGAUUGUUGUCCAACCAUGGGUGUGAUAAACGGCUUAUGCCCUUCGCUGCAUUGACAACUGUACGCCCUGAAAGCAUGCUACAUGCCUAGAAAAAAUGACAAAUUGCAAAAGCCGGAAGACGGAAAGAACAUCUCAAGAAGCUGACAGGAAAACAGGAUGAGAGCAAGGGACAGAUUAGGACUGGAUCGCGGAACAAUAAGUUCCAUUAUACACACUGUAGUCUUCCCUUCAAGCCUCGGGUGUGGAGGAAUCUUGCAUACUUCCGAUUGUAAUUUCCCUGCCAUUAGGAUCAGUAUUAGGCACACUUUUGAGCUUGCUGUAGUGUUCUGAUCCGACCUCCGCUAAUCGCGUGUUUACAUCCGAUGUAGAUUUGAAAGCAUGCCUUGAAAUUGGGACGCUGAACUGAGAAAGGAGAAGGGAGGUGUUCGUG